AGCCUAGGAGUAUCAAGGAGCCUUUCCGCAGCCUCUUGUGUCACCAAUCGAUCCACAAACCUUGAUAAACUUGAGUCCUUGACUCGUUUAUGGAAGGAUCUAUCCAAAUCCAUCCAGAGACGCAUCCUAGGAGUUCAUUAAGCCCGAUCUGAAAAGGGUCAAGCCUAUUCUAACAAGACAGCCUAGGGCGAAUAGGAAGGAGGGUUUGUCUAUAUAAGGAGGACACACUUGGCGGCUAGAAACUAGAGUUUUACUCAUUUGUAUUCUUGCCAACUUAUAAAUUCCUGGCCAGCUCUCCAAGCACCGGUUUAUUCUUCCAUUUGUUUCCUCAUUUGUAAACCGAACCUUUUUCCUAUCUAAUAAAACAUCUUCGAGCUAACCCAUCGACGAGUUAGGUCUUACCAUACGAGUCCGACCAAACUCGGUUCAAACCCCUUUGCAAAGAAGGUUAAGAAACUUUGAUAUGAUACACCAAAUUUCAUAAUUUAUAUGCUCGAAGGUCAUGAGAUGUUUUCCAAAGAAAAAGCAUUCUAAAAUUUGAAGGAAAUUAUUCUAACUGUAUAUAUUGUAGGAUUAGAAAAUAAAAGUGAGUGAAGUAUAAAGAGAAACAUAAAAUGAGGAAGGGAUCUAAAAUUCCACCACAAAUUUUUAUGUGACUUUCUUUAAGACAAAGACAUCGUCAAAGCUAGAAAACACAAACCGUUUUUUAUAGACAACAAAUAUUUCUAGUGUUGUACGUUCUUAGUAUGCUUUGAUUCAGACCUCUCUUCUUCAUCAUUCUCUCAUUUUUCUUUCUCUGACAUUUCAUCCAUCUCAGGUUAUUUUUGUCUUUCUUCAUCUUCAAACAUUCCGUCCAUCUUCCCUGAGAGGGCGCGCCUUGUGUGUGCGUUCUCUACAACAGCCAUGGAAUCCACAUCUCUCAUCCUUGUUUCCAUUGUAUCACUCUUCUUCUUGGCUUCUGAUGGUUUAUCAGAAACAGAAUCUCUCUUAAAAUUCAAGAAAUCUCUUGUUAUUGGGGAAGCAAGUGGUUUGGAUAGUUGGGAUAGAAAGAAUCCACCAUGCAAGUGGUUUGGUAUCUUGUGUGAUCAAGGCUAUGUUUGGGGGCUACGUCUAGAGAAUAUUGAGCUUGCUGGCUCUCUAGACAUUGAGGCGUUGACAGGUUUGAAGUCUCUAAGGUCUCUAAGCUUCAUGAAUAACAAACUUAGAGGGCCAUUUCCGAAUUUCAAGAAACUUGGUGCCCUGAAAUCAAUUUACUUGUCAAACAAUCAAUUCGAUGUAACGAUACCAAAGGAUGCUUUUGAUGGGAUGGGGUGGCUGAAGAAAAUCCAUCUGGAACACAAUAAGUUCAACGGUGAAAUUCCAGUCUCUGUGGCCAAAAUUCCCAAGCUUUUGGAACUGAGACUUGAUGGGAACCAGUUCACCGGACAAAUACCAGAAUUCACACAUAAAUUACACAUCUUAAAUUUUUCAAACAAUGCAUUAUCAGGUCCAAUCCCAAAUAUUCUCAGAACAAUGGAUCCAAAACUAUUUGAAGGCAAUAAAAAAUUAUGUGGUAAACCUUUGUUAACAGAGUGUUACUCUCCUUACAACCUUUCUGAAGAGCCUAAACCAAGUUCCAAGAAAAAAACAUCAAAGUUUUUGUACAUUGUAGCCGCGGUAGUAGCAGUAAUACUAGCAUUACUCAUUAUUAUUGGACUAAUCAUCGUGCUUUGUCGGAGGCGAAGUUACAAGCAGCCACUAAUGUCACCAGAUUCUGGAACAUCAAGUUUACAGAAGAGAGCAGGAAUCCAAAAAGGUGAUAAGGGACAAUAUUGCUGCCAUUCAAAAAAUCGUGUUGCAAAGAGGAUGAUUCAUACCACAAAAUUGUCAUUCUUGAGAGAUGACAAGGGAAAUUUUGACUUGCCAGAUUUGUUAAAAUCAUCUGCAGAGAUUAUGGGAAGCGGGUGUUUCGGAGCAUCAUAUAAGACAUUGCUUUCGAAUGGAUCGAUGAUGGUAGUGAAGAGGUUUAAACAUAUGGAUAGUGCAGGAAGUGAAGAGUUCCAAGACAAUAUGAAGAGAUUGGGGAGGCUAAACCAUGAGAAUUUGCUCCCAAUUGUAGCUUAUUACUAUAAGAAGGAGGAAAAACUUUUUGUUUCUGAUUUUAUUGACAACGGAAGCUUGGCUGAUACUCUCCAUGGUCAUAGAUUGUUGGAACAGCCAAACUUUGAUUGGCCAACAAGAUUGAAUAUAGUGAAAGGUGUCGGAAGGGGACUUCUGUACCUACAUAAAAACCUUCCUAGCCUAAUGGCACCUCAUGGCCAUCUUAAGUCAUCCAAUGUUCUUCUUAGUGAGAAUUUUGAGCCACUUCUUACAGAUUAUGGCUUGAUCCCAAUGAUCAAUGCAGAAAGUGCACAAGAGCUAAUGGUAGCUUACAAAUCUCCAGAGUACUUGAAGCAAAGCCGUGUGACCAAGAAAACUGAUGUAUGGGGAUUCGGUGUACUCAUCUUGGAGAUUUUAACAGGAAAGCUCCCUGAAAGUUUCCCACAAUCCGAUAAAGAAAGUGAAGAGGACAUCACAAGUUGGAAGUCAAUUUUCAAAGGAGAAUGGACACAAGAAUUGUUUGAUCAAGAAAUGGGGAAAACAAAUAAUUGUGAAGGAGACAUUCUCAAACUCCUAAGGAUUGGACUGAGUUGUAGUGAAGUAGACGUGGAGAAAAGGUUAGAUAUAAAAGAAGUUGUCGAGAAGCUAGAAGAUUUAAUGAAAGAGCGAGAAGGAGACGACGACUUCUUCUCAACUUAUGCGAGUGAGGCUGAUGGGAGGUCAUCAAGGGGAGUGUCAAGUGAAGGAAUUAACCUCUCAUGAAAUUAUAAAACAUCAAGUAAUAUUUUAGUGAUAAAGAUUUAAGUUUGAGAACAAAUUCUUGUGUUUCAAAAGCGUAAUUUUAUUGGUAUUCAUGAAUGACAACACCUCCACAUAUGGAAGCCCUUAAAACUUGAAAAUUAUUCAUUAUAUGCUCGUAUGUUGUUAUGUUAUUGUGGAAAUCUAUAUGAAAGAAAGAUGUAGGGAGUUUUUUCCUUCAAAAAACAAUCAUAGAGAAACCUCAAAAGAACGUUAAUGAUGUAAUCUCAAGUUUUAAAUCACAUAGGACGUUUACUAAUGUAUUCUCAAAUCCUUUUUUUGAAUUUCCCUUCUACAUGGUUUUCCUCUUAUAAAUUUUCAAGACAAAUUCUACACAAUAUUUUUAUAUACAUUGCAGGAAGAUGGGCGUUAAUAAACUUUUUAUCUAUACGAAAAAAUCAACAUUAAACUUUCAAUGUAUGCAAAAAGAACAUGUAAAAGAUCACGAUGAAGUAAUGUAGAAAAUAAAUCAAUAGACAAUGAGAUUAGAAAACACUAUUUGUUUUAUUAAAAAUCACAUAAAUAAUCUAUUAUUAAACUAGCUUAAUCUGUUUUUUUGUAACACAGCUUAAUCUGUUUUACACAAUUUGUUAUCUCUUUAUAAUUGUUACUGAAAUAUUCCUAAAAUAUCCAAGUUUUAUGACUUUGUCGCCUCAUAUGUCAAAUUUUGACUUAGUAUGAUGCCAAGAACUCUAACCAAGAGCUCUCUCUCUCUCUCUCUCUCUCUCUCUCUCUCUCUCUCUCUCUCUCUCUCUCUCUCUCUCUCUCUCUCUCUCUCUCUCUCUCUCUCUCUCUCUCUCUCUCUCAAAUCAGUCUUAAAUAUCUUAUAGAUUCUUUAUCGACACUUAAUUUAGCUAUUCAAAGAAUCCAUAAAUAUUGAUAACAUUCAUAUUAUUAAGUAUACUUCUUUUCCUUAAAACAAUAUUUAUUCAUUUUUCCAAAGAAAAAAAAUAAUUAUUUUGAAGUUUAUGAUAUCACUCAAAUUACCCUAAAAGUGAUUUACUCUCUCAAAUAAAAGGUCGAAUUGUAACACUUAGGGAUCGAAUUCACAAGGAGCUAAGACACACAAUAGAUCUAGAUAGAUAUGUAGUUAAUCUAGGAAAAUAGAUUUAAAGCAGUAAAUAGCAGGGGUGAACAAGUAAUUGUUCGAUUGAUUGAUUGGGGUUUUAAGACAUAUAUGGAAGAUGUUAGACUUAGGAUUUCUAUUCAGUCAACCAGAAUUAUAGAGAUAUAGAUACUAAGCAUAUAAUGGAUAUUCUAAAAUCAGUCUUAAAUAUCUUAUAGAUUCUUUAUUGACACUUAAUUUAGCUAUUCAAAGAAUCCAUGAAUAUUGAUAACAUUCAUAUUAUUAAGUAUAUUUUUUUUCCUUAAAACUAUAUUUAUUCAUUUUUCCAAAGAAAAAAAAUAAUUAUUUUGAAGUUUAUGAUAUCAUUCAAAUUACCCUAAAGAGUGAUUUACUCUCUCAAAUAAAAGGUCGAAUUGUAACACUUAGGGAUCGAAUUCACAAGGAGCUAAGACACACAAUAGAUCUAGAUAGAUAUGUAGUUAAUCUAGGAAAAUAGAUUUAAAGCAGUAAAUAGCAGGGGUGAACAAGUAAUUGUUCGAUUGAUUGAUUGGGGUUUUAAGACAUAUAUGGAAGAUGUUAGACUUAGGAUAUCUAUUCAGUCAACCAGAAUUAUAGAGAUAUAGAUACUAAGCAUAUAAUGGAUAUUCUAAAAUCAGUCUUAAAUAUCUUAUAGAUUCUUUAUCGACACUUAAUUUAGCUAUUCAAAGAAUCCAUGAAUAUUGAUAACAUUCAUAUUAUUAAGUAUAUUUCUUUUCCUUAAAACUAUAUUUAUUCAUUUUUCCAAAGAAAAAAAAUAAUUAUUUUGAAGUUUAUGAUAUCAUUCAAAUUACCCUAAAGAGUGAUUUACUCUCUCAAAUAAAAGGUCGAGAAUUGUAACACUUAGGGAUCAAAUUCACAAGGAGCUAAGACACACAAUAGAUCUAGAUAGGUAUGUAGUUAAUCUAGGAAAAUAAGUUUAAAGCAGUAAAUAGCAGGGGUGAACAAGUAAUUGUUCGAUUGAUUGGUUGGGGUUUUAAGACAGAUAUGGAAGAUGUUAGACUUAGGAUUUCUAUUCAGUCAACCAGAAUUAUAGAGAUAUAGAUACUAAGCAUAUAAUGGAUAUUCUAGAACUCAAACAAUAAGAAUAGUCGAUCAACUUUCGUAUUUUUAGACAAUCUAUCGCUGGAUCUAGGACCUCAGCUGUCGCUUGUUGGUCCUGAGAAAGUGUCGAUCGAUAC